CUUUUCUCUGUCUCGAGGCUCAACCUUCAAGGCAACAUGAGUUACAGGACUGUGGUGAUGUACAUUGAGAUCGGCUGCUUUGUUGUCUGUGUGUCUGGAUGGAUCCUGGUGUGUUCCACCAUGCCCACGGAGAUCUGGACAUGGUCGGAGGUAGACAGCAUAGUCUUGACCACUUCAAACUACUUCUCCAACCUGUGGAAGGAUUGUAUAUCUGAUUCAACUGGAGUAUCUGACUGCAAAGGAAUUCCAUCAAUGCUUGCAUUAAAUUGGGACAUACACAUGUGCCGGGCUCUCAUCAUCAUCUCUAUUAUCCUGGCUUUCUUUGGAUCAGUUCUGGUCUUAGUGGGAAUGAAGUGUACUAAAAUUGGGGGAUCAGAGAUCUCUAAUUCAAGAGUAACCUUUGCUGGGGGGAUGAACUACCUGAUUGGAGGGCUGUGUUCUAUGACCGCUUUCUCCUAUUAUGGAAACAAAAUCAGAGCAGAAUUUCAAAACCCUAACUAUAAAGCUCAGAAAUUUGAAAUAGGUGUUGGUGUGUUUAUCGGCUGGGGAGGCUCCACCUUACUUGUUGUGGGAGGCCUUAUUUACAGUAUCUUUGCAGGAAUGGAAGGCUGCCACUCAAGCUCAAAAAGAUUCCCUGACUACCAGUUGCCAGAUGCCUACAGGGUUGUUCCGAUAAAAAAGAGUAUUGCAUCUUCAGCUAGUACAAAGAUGAGUAAGAGCAAACAAUCAAGGACCACCAGUGGCAGCAGUGGCAGCAGUGACAACAGUGGCAGCAGCAUCUCUGAGAUCACCUCUACCACAAAUACAUCAGAUACAAAUGCAUAUGUGUGA